UGGCAUUUCUAAUUUCAAUAAAGAUACCAGGCACCAUUACGGCUGCGCUGAGGGCGCAUCAGAGCGUCCAUAACGCGGCGGAGACUCCUGCGCUGACUGCUGAAGGCUUUUCUCAAGGGAGUCGUGUUCGGAGAAAACGUCUUAUAUUGACGUCAAAUGGAUGUGUGAACGACUUUGCAGCGUGUACUGGCAUGACAGAGACGACCGACCGGAGAUACCGGUUCUGAACAAAUGAGCACCGAAAUCAUCAGCAGGCAAUUAACCCGAGAGGCUGCUGCCAGGCUUUCCAAUUAGCAAAGACUGUACGAUAUAAUUAUAUUUAAAACUUUAAUUGAUGCUCCGCUUCUCCAAACUGGUUGUGAAUUCAUGAUUUAGUUGUGAGGAAGGGGAGAGGGGGGAGGUGGGGAGAGAGAGCGACGCUGCAUCCCGCUGCUGACAGACAGAGAGACCACUUGUGCCGCCGCCACAACUGUGCCAAGAGACAGGGAGUCUUUGAAAGCCACCGGAGCGGACCCGACCGGCAUAUCAAUCAGCGUCCCGGAGAGCGACUCGCUGGGUUCGCACCGGCGAUAAAAGACAUUGUCUUAAAGGUGCGUGUGGGUUUGUGUGUGUGUGUGUGCGUGUGUGUGAAUGCGUGUGUGAGGAACAGAGAGGAGACAUGGCACUUUUUCCGUCUGAAGAAGGGAGGACAGCAACAGUCAGUGGGAAACAAAUGUAAAAAAACCCAGUCCCCCCUCGUCUUGCCACGGGUGCGCACCGGCGAAGAGGCGCAGGACCCGCAGGAUCAUCGAUUCGCACUUUGUGGUCUUGCGCUGCGUAUGUGACAAGAGCAGAGAGAAGAAGAAGAAGCGGUGAAGGGUGGGAUUAAGGAGAGCUUCUCCUAAACGAAAGACUGAAAUUAUUUAACCAUGAACGCCAGGAUAUUGUUUUUGCUUGUUUGUUCUGCGGCAUUUUUCGCUGAGCUGCAGUGCGCCUCGCCAAGGACCGCAGCGGGUAUGGAUCCCCCCACCGCCGACUUCAGCAACAUCAGCGGUGGCGGUACUACCGGUGGAAGCAGCGGGGAAAGCGGGGGCAAAAGAGACUUGAACCAAACCAUAAACUCCAGGCUUAAGAGGAAAACCCUGGCUGUGGAUUUUGCGGUCCCUUCUCUGUUGCGCUAUUACCUGGCAGAGUUCAUAAAAAGACCCCUGAACGGCGACUGCCAGACUUUUCGCGGAUGUUACACGGUGCGCGCAAACUUGAAAAUGCACUGCAUACCUUUGCAGAAAACCAUAUCCACUUUUGUGGACACGUCUACUACGGACUCUGCGCUGAGGAACAUGUCUGUUGAUGGACAGCUCCCCUUCUUCUACAAACGGCCGCUGUCCAAAGUUCUGAAAUUGGGCUUGACGAAAGCCAGCAGGAAAUCAAACCAAGUUGUGGUGGAAAUAGGAGAGGAUAUAGUCAAGACGGGAUGCGGGGGACUGUCUGUGUACGAGGAGGCCCCGGUGUUCACCCUGGAAAUGGACCUCACAACUAUUCUGGAGUGGUGGCUGGGCGCAGAGGGGGGCCGCCUCAGGGUCCGGCUCAUGCCCGAGAAAAGGGCGCAAGUACCCGGGAUAGAGGAUCGGUACACCGCGGCUAUACGCGCUGCAGACCCCCGCCUCUUCCUUGAGAUAUCCUCCCGGGGUGAGCCCUUGGCUGGCAGGACAGCUGCUGGCAUUCCUAGAGGCUAUUGGAACUUCUCCUGGGUAGCCGAGGACGACCUAAGCUUUCCCAACGAGUCCAUGCCCACGUCAGAUCACCGAUGUCCUGGCAAUAGCAGAACAUGUGACCAGCACCUGGAAGGUAUCCCAGAGUUUACAUGGAGCAUAGUGGCCGCCGGGGACCUGCGGGGGGAAAGGAACGAGAAAAUCGAAAAGAAGGCAGGAAGUCCCCAGGGGUGGGAGGAAGGUAAGAACGAAGGUCAGUUUUUCUGGGUGAACAGUUCAGCUUUUGGUGGCCCCUGGGUGCUGAGUCCUUGGCUGUGGGGCGGCCAGGGUCUCUGUAGCCUGGACAUGGCUGUGUUCUUCCACCCCAAGCAAAGUGGGCAAUACACCAUAUGGCUCAUAGAGCGGGACAAACCUCCACUUGCCCUCUUCUCCACUGACACGUUGCCACGGAUCACGGGCUGGGCCGUGGUCCACCUCACCCUGGGGACCCACGGAGGCUCACCUUUUCGGGUAUCAGUCAGCUACGAUCAGCGGAUUCCACAGGAUGACGCGGCCACCAUCGAGCCCCACUUCACCACCAACUGCACCAUGGUAUCCUCACCCGGGCCAAACAUCACACUGGAGGGUCAGUACAACUGUCACCAGGGGCCUGGGAUCCCACUGGACAAAGUGUGUGACUUCAGUACAGACUGUCCACUCGGCGAUGAUGAAGGCGACCUAUGUCGCCACUUUCUCAAUGGCAGCUACUGCUCUUUUGAAGAUGGCGAGUGCAGUUGGCAGUCAAUAACGGGCCGUGGUCUCUCCUGGAGAAGAAUCCAGUCACCGGCCAAGGCUACCAGACAGAGCUGUCCAUCAUCAGGUGCUACAUUCAGUGUGGAAGGAGGCCAGUCUAAAGGUCAACGUAGCUCAGCGUUACUGAGGAGCCCUCUCUACCCUCCGCCUCUAAGAAACUCCCCAUGCACGGUACGAUUCUGGCUGUGUUCUGGAGGCUCACAGAAAGGCUCGCUGUCCCUGUGGAUAGUGGAGAACAGCACAGGCCCAGAGGAGCAGCGCAGACUGUGGACUUCAGCCACCGAACCCAAAUCUGAAAGUGGCUGGAAACUUAUCAAACUUCCUCUUUAUGGGCUGGCAGACUGGUUCUGGCUGCAGUUUAGCAAAGAAGAUGGACCUGGACCCGGUUCAGCCAUCUCUCUCGACAACAUCUCUCUCAGUAUGGACUGCUUUCUGGCAUCCAACGGCGAGUUUCCACCAGUGGUCACCAGCACAACCAGACCACCACCCAUUGGAACCCUUCCCCCAGAUUACUCCAAGAAAUGGUUUUUCCAUACCUGUGGGGCUGUGGGACCUGAAGGCCCGACUCCCACUCAGUGCCUCAACUCCUAUAGGAACAGCAACGUCAAUGUGACAGUCGGCACCCGAGGGCCCUUCAAAGGCAUUCAAAUGUGGCGGGUUCAGGAAACUGGCACCUACAGGAUCACAGCCUAUGGUGCAGCUGGCGGCCGAAGCGUAUUGGCCAUGAGCAGGUCGUAUGGGGUCUACAUCACCGGAGACUUCCUGCUGAGGAAGGGCGAACUGCUUUACAUCCUAGUGGGACAGCAAGGAGAGGAUGCAUGUCCCAAUUCCAAUGGCAUGCUAAAUAAGAUCUGCCUGGAACAGAGUGGCCCAAUGGUGAACAAAACGCAAGUAAAAGGCGGAGGAGGAGGAGGUGGAGGGGCUACGUACGUGUUCAAGGUGGACAAAGGUGUGUACAUCCCCCUCCUCAUCGCUGCUGGGGGAGGCGGCCGGGGCUACAGCAGCCAAUCAGACACACAGCUGGAGCAGAUGGACUAUGACCUCAGUCAACCGGGACGCAACGGGAAGUCACGCGCUGCAGGUGGAGGCGGAGGUUGGAAUGACAGCGCUCCUGUCAGUCAGGGUGGCAGACCGCUGGUGCUGGGAGGCCAGGGAGGGCAGGCUUGUCAAAAGUUCUGGCAGACCCAUGGCGGCUUCGGGGGCGGCGGGGGUGGAUGUCUGUCCGGGGGCGGCGGUGGAGGCUACAGAGGUGGUAACACCUCCAUAGAUAACAACCCCAAACAUGACGGUGACGACGGCACGUCCUUCCUCGGCCCAGAGGGAGAGCUCUUCCUCUAUCCUCUGAAAGCUAUGGAGGGGGAUGGUGAGGUGAUCAUCAGUCCAGUGGCGAACUGUAGCCACUGUGAGAGCGGCGAAUGCCACGAGAGCGAGGACAGCAUCGUCUGCUACUGUGAUGAUGACCUCAUCCUGGCACCGGACGGGGUGUCCUGCAUCAACGAGACGAUCCAGCAGCCUCCUCAGCCGUCUCUCUCACACCUGGCACUGGGUCUGUCUGUGGGCACCUCGGCACUCAUCGCUGCCCUGCUGCUGGCUGUCUCCGGGGUCAUGAUAAUGUACAGACGUAAACACACAGAGCUGCAGUCUAUUCAGCUGGAGCUGCAGAGUCCAGACUGCAAGCUCAGUAAGCUGCGAGCCUCCACCAUCAUGACCGACUACAACCCCAACUACUGCUUCGCCGGCAAGACGGCAUCGGUCAACGACUUGAAGGAAGUGCCGCGUCGUAAUAUCUCCCUGACCAGGGGUCUGGGUCACGGUGCUUUUGGUGAAGUCUAUGAAGGGCUGGCAGUGGGAAUACCAGGUGAACCGAGUCCACUGCAAGUGGCAGUCAAGACCCUUCCUGAGGUUUGCUCUGAGCAAGAUGAACUGGACUUCCUCAUGGAGGCUCUAAUCAUCAGUAAAUUCAGCCAUCAGAACAUUGUGCGUUGUAUAGGAGUCAGUCUGCAGGCAAUGCCCAGGUUCAUUCUGCUGGAGCUGAUGGCCGGAGGAGAUCUCAAAUCUUUCCUGAGGGAGACCAGACCGCGGCUGGAGCACCCGUCCAGCCUGACCAUGGUGGACCUUCUCAACGUGGCCAGAGACAUCGCCAAGGGCUGCCAGUAUCUGGAGGAGAACCAAUUUAUACACAGGGACAUUGCAGCUCGCAAUUGCCUACUGACUUGCAAAGGGACGGGCCGCAUGGCCAAGAUCGGAGAUUUUGGGAUGGCUCGAGACAUUUACAGGGCAAGCUAUUAUAGGAAGGGGGGCCGUGCCAUGCUGCCUGUGAAGUGGAUGCCACCUGAAGCCUUCAUGGAGGGCAUCUUCACAUCUAAAACAGACACGUGGUCGUUUGGGGUUCUUCUGUGGGAGAUCUUCUCAUUGGGCUAUAUGCCAUAUCCAAGUCGCAGUAACCAGGAAGUGUUGGAGUUUGUAACCAAUGGUGGAAGAAUGGACCCACCUAAAAACUGCCCUGGGCCAGUGUACCGCAUAAUGACUCAGAGCUGGCAGCACCAGCCUGAAGACAGGCCUAACUUCUCAACCAUCCUGGAGAGAAUCGACUACUGCUUACAGGACCCUGAUGUGGUGAACGUGCCCCUGCCUAUAGAGUAUGGACCCGUCCCCGAAGAGGAGGAGCGUGUACCCGCACGCUCUGACGACCCCUCAGCUCCGACCGUGCUGGUGAAUGCCCAGGUGCCUGAUGGAGAGGCUCCACAGCCGCCUCCAUCCUAUCCCACAGAAGAGAACCGGAGAGGUGGGGAGCACACUGUCGUGACUAGCACAGCGUCGGAAGCCAAAGCACAGAUGUCAGCCCAGCCCCAGCCAUACCUCCACCAGCACCAGCAGCCUCACACGCAGACCUCCAUCACCAUGACAACCACUAACACAGCCACUUCUGCAGCCACCUCUAUGCUCACUGCCAAGGGACCUCAUGUCACCACCCAGCCAGGCCCUGACGGGGGCCACAUCAACCUGGCAUUCACCCAGGGCCAUCCACAAGAGAAGGAUGGCCACAACGGGAAGAGCACCAGUCUCUGGAACCCGACAUACGGCUCGUGGUUCCUGCAGCAGAGGAAGCAGCAGCAGCAGCAGCAGCAGCAGCAGAGGCAGGCGGGGGUGGGGGGAGCAGGAGGCAACAGUGGUAGGGUGCCUGGCGAGGGGCAGGAGCAUGUAGGCCGGACUGUGGCUGAGGUGGUGGGGGCGCUGGGCCUCCAGCAUCAGCAUCAGCACAAGCAGUUCCAGCAUCAGCUCCAGCAGCAGCACCAACUCCAGCUGCUGCACCAUCAGCAGCAGCAACAGCAGCAGCAGCAGGGUCUUUGCCGACCUCUGUUACCUCCACCACCGCCUCCUGCUGCCCAGUCCCCUCUGCUUUUAGAUUCAGCCGCAUUGCCCCCAGUUCCCCUCUACAGACUGAGACGAUUCCCCUGUGGGAACAUCGGCUACGGCUACCAGGAUCAAGGCAUGCCGAUGGAGGCCGCCCACGGUAACCCGAACCCCCCUCCUCCACCCCCUCUACCCCAACAAGGCAUCUCCAUGCCAUCCUCAGCAGCCCACCAGAGGGUGGCCUCCAUUCCCACCUCUGUGUCCCUGGGUCGGUCGGCUAUGUCCGAGGAUAGCCGUCCACUGCUAGUCACCAUGGGAACAGUGCAGGACCCCCGGCUGCCCAGGAUGGAGGGCCACAACGCCACCGUGCUUUAGCCCAAAUGCCUGUACCACUGGUCUUUUAUUUUUUAGGCCCCGUCUUUGAAGACUGUGUUCAGGACACAGAGCAGGAAACAGUAUCAUGACAGAGACCGUUUUACCCCCCCCCUCCACCGUCCCACCAUUUUGGUUUCUUCCUCCAGUUCGGAAAGAACCCAUCUCACCGAAACGGAGCUGGACGAGUCCAUCAGGCUUUUCCACGAGAACCCUGGAGGUGUGUUAUGGACGCUAAAGCACAUCAGAGAACUGAAACAGCUUUGUAAAGGCUAGUUUUAAGAAUUUAAAAUGUAUUUUUUCAAUGCUGGAGGGACUGUGACUGUGUGAGAAUACCGAGAGAGAAUAAAAACGGAGAGUUUACGGCACAGGAAGACAACUUUCCAUCAGGUAGUGACCAGGAGCGAUCACAUCUGCCAUGUGUUUAUUGACAGCUGAGGAAGUCUCUUGUCUAUGAGAACUAAUAGCAGGAUUCAAAUCUCUAUAUUUUGCCAGACUUUCAGUCACACACGUUGGUGACUAGUUUGACUGUAACAGGUGCAAACUUGUCUACAGCUGCCAGCUACAUGUGUCAGAAUCCUCACACUGUUCCUUAUCCACAUCCUUUUGGAAAACAACAGUGUGGUAAAUAACUUGUAUCGGACUAUUUUUCAAGAAUAUCACACAAUUGGACACUGGAUUACCAGAGACAUUUAUACGGGGAAAAAAAAAAAAUACUGGGGAAAAAAUGUGUUUGUUGAUGUUUGCUUGCCUGCUUGUUUAUUUAUUCAUUUGUUUAUUUAUUAUUUGGAAGUGGCUCUAUAAAUUAUUCAUGAACAUGCUUCUUCAAAUCCAAACAAAUGUCAUGUCACAUUCACUGGGUUUUCUUUCUUUCUUUCUUGUUUUAAGUUGCAGGAUUUUUAGUAACAAGG